AUGUUUGGACCCGCCUGCCGCUCAGAUAGCGAACCUACUACUGCUAGUAUCAUGUACACUGAAGCCAGUCUCAACAUGGAUACCGAUAUGGAAUUUGUUGAAAUUCCCAUCAUCGACACUGAUGAGUCGUUGUUUUCUGUGAUCCCAAAACUCUCCCGAUUUAUCCGCACGGCUGUGGGUGAAAUGUCAUUUUCAUUCGAGGAGAUGACGCAUGAAACUCGUGGGCAUCGUCUUCGACAGCUGGUACAUGCCUUGGCUGAAGAUAGCCAUAACCCGUUCAUCAUUAUUGCCUUGAUGAUCCUCAAAUGGGAAUUUACAAGUGCUGUCGAUGACGACUGGGGAUUGAAUGAAAGUCGCGGGACAGCCUGCGAGUUUGUCGCAUGGCAGUUCUUAUGUCACUUGAAUCAGAGUGAGACGAUUGAGUUCUUGCUGGAAGAACUUCCAAUCCCUCGUCGUAACUCAACAAACAUCUUUGAGGUUGAAAGAGGAAAUUCUGGCUUUGAAUUUGCCGAAGAAACGGAAGCCACGCCUUUGUUAUCACGCUCGCCAACCCCAAUGAAUCUUCUUGGACUCGGCCAAACAAGUGCGAAAGCACCAAAGAAUCGAGAGAAUUCCGAUUUACGUGAUCCAGAUACGAUGUAUGAUGUUUCACGGUAUUUCCAAUUCUUUGGGUUGAACGCUUUGGAGAUAGCUGCUAUCGCGCAUGCCAAAAGAUUUCUCAGUCAGAGUGUUGUUCAACGUGUGGUUAAUGACAUAUGGAAGGGAGAGAUUGUCUUCUGGGAUUCGCUCACCGUUCACUCAACAAAGAAGCCCCAAAUAUUCAACCGAAAGUAA